GUAUCUCCGUGUAACUUUACGCUCGUGCCGGACCUGCCACACCGGACUCGGACUGAGCCGAACCGCCUCUGAUAUCACGUGCACAGACGUCGUGUUAUUUCAGCUCUAGAGAUCCUUUUGAGCCUGCGGGAGCUGUGAUUGGUCGUCGCACGGUCCCGCCUCCCUCAGGCGCCCCGGUGAUGCCCCGCGGCGCCCCGAGCUGCCCGGGGUUGCGAUGCCUUACGUGGACCGACAGAACCGCAUCUGCGGCUUCCUGGACAUCGAGGAGCAGGAGGGCAGCGGGCGCUUCCUGCGCCGCUACUUCCUGCUGGACACGCAGCAGGGCGGCCUGCUGUGGUUCAUGGACAACCCCCAGAAUCUGCCUGAAGGUGCAGAGAAGGUGGGAUCUCUGAAACUCACCUACAUCUCCAAGGUCAGCGAUGCCACCAAACUCAGACCAAAGGCCGAGUUCUGCUUUGUUGUAAAUGCAGGAAUGAGGAAGUUUUAUCUGCAGGCCAACGACCAGCAGGACCUGUUGGAAUGGAUCAGUGUUCUGAACAAGGCCACCAAGAUCACUGUGCCAAGGCCGGGCGAGGGUCAGACGCCGGCCCACACAGAGACCCCCCAGGAGGCACUCGGAGCCAUGAAACAGGUCUCCUACAAGACUGAAAUCAUAGGAGGAGUCCCCAUCACCACGACGACACAGGAGCAGGGGGAGGGGCUGAUUGAGGCCGAGCGUGGAGGAUUGAAGCGUGGUCAACUGCCCUACUUCCUGUCCAGAGGAGUCCAGGACCAGGCCGUCAUCAAGGCCGGAUACUGUGUCAAACAGGGGGCUUUGAUGAAGAAUUGGAAGAGGAGGUACUUCAUGCUGGAAGAAAACGCCGUCAGCUACUACAAAUCUGACCUGGAGAAGGAGGCUCUGAGAGUCAUCCCGCUGAAGGACAUUCACAAAGUCCAGGAGUGCAAACAGAGUGAGCUGAGGAUGAGGGACAACCUGUUUGAAAUGGUCACCAGCUCCAGAACCUUCUACAUACAGGCUGACAGUCCAGAGGACAUGCACAGUUGGAUCAAGUCCAUCUCCGGGGCCAUUGUCGCUCAGCGGGGACCCGGUCGCUCCGCUAUCGCCGAACCCAGUGACCACUCCUCUCCCUCCCCAACGUCCUCCUCCACCUUCUAUUACUCCGACCAGGAGCUCCACCCCGGGGCCUCAGCGGGCCCUCAGCUUCAGGCUGGACACCCACCGGUGGGACCACUUCCUGUGCCUGCUGCCGUGGAGGCUAAGCGUGAUGAUGAUGAUGAUGAUGAUGAUGCCCCUCCCCCCGCCGCGCUCCCGCCGCCUGUCGCUGCAGGAGACGUCGCGGUCGCAGAAGUGACGGAGGAGAAUCGUCACCGUGGAAACGCCCGGCCGAGGUCUGUUGGUGGCGGAGAGGAGGAGCUGAACAGUCGCGCCACUGAGAAGUCUGACAUGCAGAUUACCCUGAUAUGAUGAUGAUGAUGAUGAUGAUGAUGAUGAUCUCUAAAGGACACACACACACUUGUCUUCCUGUCAAACUGAUGCUUCAGAUGUUUCAGAUGUUUCAGAUGCUUCAGAUGUUUCAGAUGUUUCAGAUGCUUCAGAUGCUUCAGAUGCUUCAGAUGUUUCAGAUGUUUCAGAUGCUUCAGAUGUUUCAGAUGUUUCAGAUGCUUCAGAUGUUUCAGAUGUUUCAGAUGCUUCAGAUGCUUCAGAUGCUUCAGAUGUUUCAGAUGCUUCAGAUGUUUCAGAUGUUUCAGAUGCUUCAGAUGUUUCAGAUGCUUCAGAUGCUUCAGAUGUUUCAGAUGUUUCAGAUGCUUCAGAUGUUUCAGAUUUUUCAGAUGCUUCAGAUGUUUCAGAUUUUUCAGAUGCUUCAGAUGUUUCAGAUGUUUCAGAUGUUUCAGAUGCUUCAGAUGUUUCAGAUGUUUCAGAUGCUUCAGAUGUUUCAGAUGCUUCAGAUGUUUCAGAUGCUUCAGAUGCUUCUGAUGCUUCAGAUUUUUCAGAUGUUUCAGAUGCUUCAGAGCUCCAAAGGCCAGCUUCACUGAUGUCUGCACAUUGUUCUCAUCUUGUUGACCAAGACAUUUCCUGCUGGUGUUGCAUUGAACUCUGGGAAGAAACUCUGAGAUUUUAAUGUCAUAAAUUCUGUAAGAAUAAUUCUGCAAUUAUCUUUUGAUUAAAGUCACACAUUUAC